GUGCAUUUUAAAUAUGAUCUCUGUAGCACGUGAGUUUAAAGGAUAUAUCGAUACCUUCGAGUGUUUUCGUGUAGCCCUCGCAAAGAGUUUCUCGUUGUUUUUUUUUGUAUCGACAAUGCAGUGUGUAGGUUUUUCGGGGUGUCAAGUGUGAACAACUAUUUCCAGUUUGAGUGCUUUAGCAGACUGUUGGCAGACGGCGGCAGUUAAAGCCGGUUAGACAACCGUAGUGUAAUGUUGCUGCCAAUGAUCGAUCAACUGACAUAUCGAGGGUAGCCUAGAGAAAAAUGGAGCAAUGUUGUUCGGAAACAACUGCAUGCAAAUUCGCGCGCUUCUCAUUCUGUGCUUCAAUAGUGUGAUAGAUUACUGCUGAUCUUCGCUUCGGGUACUCAGGAAAGAACAGGUCGACAAACCGAAUCGUGGUCAGCUGUACUGUACUUUAUGUAACUGGAAUUACAAACAGUGGAACUUUGAUCACAAAUGUUUCAAUUCCAGAAUUCUUCGGUUUAAGGAUGGAUCCUCCGUCAUCACGCGAUCAGUCGUCACGGGAUGAAGACAGCGUGGAGCGCCUUACCGAUGCGCUUGAAAUGCUCAACCCGGGAGCCUUCACCACACCCCGUUUGGCGGGUGACAUCCCGAAAAAUAGCAAGCGCUUUGGGCGAGGUGUCGUCGAGUCAGGUCUCACCCAUGAAUGUGGAGUAUUUGGAGCGAUCGGGACGGGCGAGUGGCCAACGCAGAUCGACAUUUCCCAGGUGAUCUGUCUGGGAUUGGUUGCCCUGCAGCACAGGGGCCAAGAGUCGGCCGGUAUAGUGACCAGCGAGGGAAAUUGCGCUAAAAAUUUCAACGUUCACAAGGGCAUGGGUAUGAUAAACAAUAUUUUCACCGACGAAUCGAUGAAGAAGCUCAAAGGUAAUUUGGGGAUCGGUCACACGAGGUAUUCGACCUCGGCGGCUUCGGAGGAAGUUAACUGCCAACCGUUUGUCGUGCACACGGCACAUGGAGUCCUAGCGUUGGCUCACAACGGAGAGCUUGUUAACUGCGAGAGUCUGCGAAAGGAUGUUCUCUCGCGAGGCGUGGGUCUGUCGACCCACAGCGACUCGGAACUUAUCACACAGGCACUGUGCCUCAAUCCCCCGGAGGGGGAAGAUAAUGGUCCCGAUUGGCCAGCCCGCAUCAAGCAUCUGAUGCAGUUGGCCCCGCUUUCGUACUCACUAGUGAUCAUGCUCAAAGACAAAAUCUACGGUGUUCGGGAUCCUUAUGGCAACAGACCUCUGUGCAUCGGGAAGAUUGUUCCUUUGACCAUUGGGACUUACACAAAAGAAAAGAUAGACAAACUCGCAGCCGAUGGUUGGGUGAUCUCGAGCGAGAGUUGCGGUUUCCUCUCGAUUGGCGCACGGUACGUUCGCGAAGUACAACCCGGCGAAAUCGUCGAACUGACCCGUGACGGAAUAAAAACAAUUGACGUGGUCGAGUGUCCCGAGCAGCGACGCAACGCAUUCUGCAUUUUCGAGUACGUUUACUUCGCCCGCUCGGACUCGAUCUUCGAGGGUCAAAUGGUGUACUCGGUAAGGCUGCAGUGCGGCCGCCAGCUAGCUCGCGAAGCAGCCAUCGAUGCCGAUAUUGUGAGUUCAGUACCCGAAUCGGGCACCGCUGCAGCCCAUGGUUUUGCUAGAGAGACCGGUCUUCAUUUCGCGGAGGUACUCUGCAAAAAUCGUUACGUCGGUCGUACCUUCAUCCAGCCAUCGACGCGCCUGAGGCAGCUUGGUGUGGCCAAAAAGUUUGGUGCCCUAUCGGAAAACGUCACCGGCAAACGGGUGGUUCUGAUAGACGAUUCCAUCGUUCGGGGCAACACGAUUGGUCCGAUCAUUCGAUUGCUAAGGGACGCGGGAGCGCUAGAGGUACACAUCCGUAUCGCCAGCCCUCCGCUGUUGUAUCCUUGCUAUAUGGGUAUCAACAUCCCAACAAGGGAGGAGCUCAUCGGAAAUAAGCUAAAUCCAGAAGAGUUGGCAAAAUAUGUGGGCGCCGAUAGCUUAGCGUAUCUAAGCGUGGAAGGACUGAAAAAGGCUGUUCAGCUGAAUAUGGAUAAAACCAAUCCGGACAAGGUGGGACACUGCACGGCCUGCUUGACCGGGGACUAUCCGGGCGGGCUGCCGGAUGAACUGGAAUGGUGAGCCUCGGCGUGGCGAUGUGAUUGUGUUAUGGAUGCUUGUUUCUCUGAAUAUCAUGGUUGGGACUAACCAUGGCAUAGAAUGUAUUGCUAGGGUUACGUCGUGCGAAUUUGAGCGACAACAAUAUUUUAUAAUGUUAAUAAAUAUAUAGAUGUUUUAAGAAUCUCCAUACAACUGAA